AUGACUGGUGGUGAUUUAAACCAAGUAAAACUUGAUACUAUUGGAGCUGUUGCAGCAACCGCAAAAAAAAUAAAUUGGAUUGUGCCUGAAGUUGAUCCAAUCGGUCAAUGGUAUUUUUUAAAAUUUUCAUCCGGUGGAAAUACUUUUUAUACAACACGAUUUACAAUCACUGAUACAAAAGGCAAAUUUCCUCCACAAGAUCCAAAUCCACCACCAUCAGGUCAAAAUCCCGGUAAAGUUGGUAAAAUAAUUAAAGCCAAAGAUCAUAAAAAACCUAAAGCUACACCCACUGAACCGAAAAACCAGGAUGAUGACGAUCCAAACAAACUUGUCAAAAAUACUACAACUACAUCUUCUAUUGUAACUCCUACUGCCGCAAGUGGUGCUACUACUACAACUCUCGUAGUCAGUUCAUCACGGUAUUUUUUAAAAUUUUCAUCCGGUGGAAAUACUUUUUAUACAACACGAUUUACAAUCACUGAUACAAAAGGCAAAUUUCCUCCACAAGAUCCAAAUCCACCACCAUCAGGUCAAAAUCCCGGUAAAGUUGGUAAAAUAAUUAAAGCCAAAGAUCAUAAAAAACCUAAAGCUACACCCACUGAACCGAAAAACCAGGAUGAUGACGAUCCAAACAAACUUGUCAAAAAUACUACAACUACAUCUUCUAUUGUAACUCCUACUGCCGCAAGUGGUGCUACUACUACAACUCUCGUAGUCAGUUCAUCACGUCAACAAUUAUUUUCCUUCACCAUUUUAUUAUGUUUAAUGAUAACAAUUUUCAUUUAG